AUGGAGGAGUGGAUUGCGAGUGUGGAGGCGGUCUCCAGUAGUGUAAGUGCCGUUCCCGAUGCCGUUAGCGGCAUGGCCAAUCAACUUGCACAUAUUGUGGAAAGACAGAAGGUGAAUGAUCCGCAUGUGUUGGAGGUUGCCCAUACACUUAGCCGUCGUAUCAAUGAUUCCUCUGUAAGUCUUGUGGGUUGCCUGAACGAUCUUGCUACGAUGAGUACAGCUAUGAAAGAUGCGAUGGAUGCAAAUCCUGAAGAAGCACACAGUCUUAUUUUAACUCUUUUUAAAGUUCUUCUUAAACAACUUUCCGUACACUACAAGGAGAUGUAUGAUUCCUUUGAAGAGGCAGAAUUGGCUUUUCGCAAAAAUACAAAUUUCGAUUCAAGUGGAACCGAUAAAUCUUCGAGUACUGGUGCUGAUGGUGGUGGUGGUGGUGGUAAAAAAGGUGGUAUUGCUUCUCAUGUUGGGACUAUGGGAGUAAAAACAAAAACAACAACAGCAGCAGCAGCAGCAGUAGCAGCAGAUGGACGAAGAGAGUAUGUUGAUCCUACACAAAUGACUGAUUCUGAAUCUCCAGGAAUGACGGUUGCUAAAAAGAAAAAAUCUACUGGUGAUAAAAAGAAAAAAGUACGUGUACUUGAUGCGAAUACCCACCCAGAUACUCCAGACUUUGGUUUGAUGCUCGAUACAAGAGACGAUAUGUCUAUUAGCGAUAGUCAUCCUCCUUCAGCUUCCAACAGCGGUAUGAAUGAUAAGGUUGAAAAUAAAAUGCAUGUGGAUGAGUGUAGUUCAAGUAUAAUGUCUUCUGUAAUGGAAUUAAAAGAACCAGAAUAUUUGCAUGUGGCUUCUACUGUAGAUGAAGCACUUGGUCGUUUGGUGCUCUCUAGUAGACCUAUUCCCUUUACCCCACCUGAAGUAUUUGAGCAACUACCACCUAUUCUAACAUACUAUAUUGAACUCCCUACUCCAGGAUGUCUUGGGCCUUUGCUUGUUAAAAAUUAUAUUAAUUUAGAGGAAGAUAUGCAGGCAGAUUUAAUGUGUGAUAUUUUACGAACAGAUUGUGUGGAAGUACAACCUUUUGAAUCUGUAUCUGGAGAAGUUGUGGUAGAAAAUCCUUUAGAUUUAAGUGGAGUUCCACCAUGUGCAUGGCGUCUUGGGGCAAGUGAAGAUCAACAACGAACAUUAUAUACAAUGUAUAUUCUUGUCAAUUAUGAUGCCAAAAACUCACGAGCUCUAUUAAUUCAAGAUGUUAUUUUCGAAGAAAAAACCGAAAGAGAAGAAUUACUUCAUGUUAUCACACUUCUUUCAGAUACUCCACAAUUUGCUAAAGUCUCAGUUUAUGGAUAUAAUCCUCUCUUAAGGCGAGGUUCUGCACAGUCAAAAAGAAAAUAUACUAGUGAACGUUUAUCAGCUAUUUUAAAUAUUACUAAAGGUACCUAUGAACGAAAUGGUUUUAUGGAAGUUAAAGAGGAAGAAGUACGAGCAGCCGUAGCAGCAAUAGAACAUAGAUAUCAAGUGGAUUCUCAAAUUUCAAGAGAAGAAGAGUUGCUCGCAAAAUCUAGAGUGGGUGAAACCACCUUCCAUAGUACUGCAGAAUUAGCAUCCCUUAGUCAACCUGCUGAACAACAAGGAUGGGGAUUUAGUGAUGUCGCUAAAGGAGCUGUACGUGGAGCGGCGGCUGUUGUGUGUGCUCCCGUAUCGGUAGGGAAAGUAGUGGGAAGUGCCGUUUUGGAUGUUGCUGGAGUUACAAAUGCUAUUAAAAAUCAGACAGAAGGUCUUUUUCGUAAAUCUUUUCCUCAAUUGGCAUCUGAAGAAAUAAUUGACACAUUUAAUUGUGCUUUUGUAGAAGAAGGUAACACAAUGCCCAAGCAGGGUUUUGUUUUUAUAACUCCUCAUUGGCUUUGUUUUCAAGCAAGUCUUGCAGGUGCUCAAUUCAGCCUUGAAUGGGAUGAAAUUAGAGAUAUUCAAAAACAGCGUAGUGUAAAGGUAUUGGACAAUGCUAUUUCUAUUCAAACCCAUUUAGGUGAUUCGUAUUUCCUAACUUCGUUCGUGCAACGAGACCAAGCCUAUGGUGUGAUGAUGGGGCAAUGGUUGAGGAAGUAA